UCUGGCACGACAGCAGGCACCGAGUCACCAAGCUCGACAGCGGGCACCGAGUCAUCUGGCACGACAGCGGGCACCGAGUCACCAAGCUCGACAGCGGGCACCGAGUCAUCUGGCACGACAGCGGGCACCGAGUCAUCUGGCAUAACAGCGGGCUCCGGGGCACCAGGCUGGACCACGGGCACCGGGGCGCCAGGCUGGACCACGGGCACCAAGCUGGAUCGAGUCAUCAGGCUGGAUCAGGUCAUCAGGCUGGAUCACGAACACCGGGUCAUCAGGCUGGAUCGGGUCAUCAGGCUGGCUAGGAUCAUCAGGCUGGGUAGGAUCAUCAGGCUGGACGGCAGGCUGACCGAUUUGGAUACUGGCAGG